UGUUGCUGUUUGGGUAUGCCUGAUUCGUUCUGUCAUCAUCACUUUCGUUUUGGCAGAGGUGUUGAUAUUGGUGCGAUAAAAACAUGGCAUCCUUCGUCGCAGCUAGCCGUUCGGCGAUUAAAUUUCUCCAACUACCAUCGGCUGGCUUCCUAGCCCCCUGCCUGCAGAAUGCAACAGCCCUCAGUCAGCAGCAAGUGCGGCACCGGCGUACGAAGCACUGGGAUCCCAAGUGGAAACGAUUGCGUAAAGCCAAGUUCAUCAAGAUCGACAUACCGAACAUGAACGAAAAGCCGGACGAACUGUCGCAGGAACAGAUCAAGACGCGCAUGAAGGAGCGUGGCAUUGUGCCGCCCCGGCCCUGGCUGGAGCGCCCAUUCUACAUCAGCUGUACCGGCGGUGUCUUCGAGCCGUACGUACCGCCAGAAGGCGACGGCCGUAUGUCGGCAAUUUCGCGCGAAGGGGCUAAGCAAAAAAUUGAACAGCUAGAGAAGAAAACUAAAUCGAUGAUGGCGAUCCGCAAGAUCCGGAACUACGACGAAGACUUCGAACCGCCCGAGUUUGCCACCCUGGCGCAGGAUAUCUACAUCGAUGCGCACAAAACGUUGUGCGAGAAGAAUAAGUACAAGCUGCGGGAGAUCGUUACGGAGCGGGCCUACCCGGAGCUGAUGCACAAUGUCAGCGACAAGACGAUUCGGUGGGCGUUUCUGAAGUCUCUCGAACCGCCCCGGGUCGUUCAUGCACGGUGCACCGAAGUCAUCACGAAGGAGAACAUCUUUGCCCAGGUGACGGUGCGCUUUCACAGCCAGCAAACGUUGGCCAUCUACGAUCGGUUCGGUCGGCUAAUGCAUGGCAGCGAAACGGUGCCCAAGGAUUGUCUCGAGUACGUCGUGUUUGAGAAGCAUCUCGCGAACGAGUACGGUGUGUGGAGGCUGCACGAAAAGAUUAUUCCCGACUGGAUGCCACCGAAGGCGCCCGCAUUUAUUACGUAUCGCGUGGACGAUGAACCGCCGGCGGCAGUGAACGCGGAAGCAGAGUCGAAGGAAGUCGUUCCGGCAGACGAAUCGUCUAAAAGUGGAUCGGCGGCAGCAACUGCAUGAAAAGGGGAUUAGUUUGUAACCGUUCAAAAGAACGCAUUAUUAGUCAUCAUGAUAAUAAACGAAAUAUGUAACGCAACAGCUUGUUAGACGAA